AUGCGGAAGCUGCUUACGAAGGCCACCACCGUGGAUCGCGCGCAAUGGCAAGCGUAUAUAUGUGACACAUACGUUUACAACAAGUUGUAUUACCAUGAGAGAGACUGCGGCUUCCGUAGCCGUUCGCUUGAUAAGCUUCUGGCACUCUUCGAGAAACACUUCCCGCCCGAUCGAGAUCCUGUCGGCAUGACCACCUCGCCUGUAGAGAGGGCGAUCCGCGGCAAUUGGACGGAUCCGAUGAGCAUUGCAAACGACUUGGGGAACCUCCAUCUUAUGUUGAUAAACCUUACGAUUUUUCUCGGCAAUUUCGUCGAGGAGGAGAAACUCUGGUAUAAGAUGGUACGCCGCAAUCCCAGGUUCAAGGUCCGUCAGAUAGAGUUCGAACUUGAUGUAGCUAUUUCCCAUCGCUGGGAGGAUAGCUUAGACAGAAGCCAAAGCUCAGACAGCAGCCAAACUGUCCAGAGUAGCGAGGACGAAGUCAACCGGCAUCAAGGGCCAGCAUCGUGA